AUGUCGAUGCUCCCGACUUUUGGCUUCACCCAAGAGCAAGUGGCCUGCGUCUGCGAGGUGCUCCAGCAAGGCGGCAACAUCGAGCGGCUGGGGCGGUUCCUCUGGUCCCUCCCUGCCUGCGAGCACCUCCACAAGAACGAGAGCGUCCUGAAGGCCAAGGCGGUGGUGGCCUUCCACCGGGGCAACUUCCGCGAGCUCUACAAGAUCCUGGAGAGCCACCAGUUCUCGGCGCACAACCACCCCAAGCUGCAGCAGCUCUGGCUGAAGGCGCACUACAUCGAGGCGGAGAAGCUGCGGGGGCGACCCCUAGGGGCGGUGGGCAAGUACCGGGUGCGCCGCAAGUUCCCGCUGCCCCGCUCCAUCUGGGACGGCGAGGAGACCAGCUACUGCUUCAAGGAGAAGAGCCGCAGCGUCCUCCGCGAGUGGUACGCCCACAACCCCUACCCGUCCCCCCGCGAGAAGCGGGAGCUGGCCGAGGCCACCGGCCUCACCACCACCCAGGUCAGCAACUGGUUCAAGAACCGCCGGCAGCGGGACCGCGCGGCCGAGGCCAAGGAAAGGGAAAACAACGAGAAUUCCAACUCCAACAGCCACAACCCGCUCUCGGCGUCAAUGAACGGGAAUAAGACAGUUUUGGGGAGCUCAGAGGACGAGAAGACGCCGUCAGGGACCCCGGAUCACACCUCCUCCAGCCCCGCGCUGCUGCUCAGCUCCAACCCCGGGCUGCAGCCCCUGCACGGCCUGGGCCACCCCCAGGGCCCCAGCGCUAUCCCCGUGCCCAGCGCCGACCCCAUGCACCACCACAGCUUGCAGGACUCCAUCCUCAACCCCAUGUCAUCUAACCUGGUCGAUCUGGGCUCUUAA